AUGUCGGCAGACACCUCGACUCCAGAAUCCGACGCUGGGCCAAGCACGUUGCCAGGCACCUCGACUCUAGAACGCAGAAAAUCCAAGUCGCCAUGGCUGCCAGUCGAGAUUCAGAUCAAGAUCGUCGACUGCUUGUUCGACAGUAUCACAGAAUCGAAGAGCAACAGCCGCGGGGAGCCGGUCCGCGAACUGCGGCCGAAGAAGCCCGCCGCCCUGGGCGCCGCCCAGGUGUGCUACUGGUGGCGGGAGAAGCUCGAGCCGCUGAUCUACCCCAACAUCUUCCUGACGCAACACUGCGUCGGCGUGCUGCGGCAUCUCACGCCCGUGCAGCGCGACCGCGUCCGGUACAUCAAGCUGGCGAUCGAGAUGGAGGACCAGUCAUGCGGCUCCUGUCUCGCCUCUUCUGAGAACGACGGCAAGGCGGCCGCGACGGUCAAGGGGCGGGGCUCCAAGUCCCCAAUGGCCCUGGGGCGGGUCCAGAGGAGGAGCGAUCUCCGGGCGGCCCAGGCCGCGCUCGAGUGCCUCUUUCGAUGCCUGUCCGACUGGCCGUGGCUGCACGCGGAUGGCACGUCGACGGGCCUGAGGCUCGAGAUCGGCCUCGUCUGCCGCGAGUGCGCCACGGAGCACGCCAUCCCCGACGCCGGGCACCUCGGCACCACAACCAAGUGCAUCGACACCAAUGAGCGUUUGAAGCUCGUCCCAGCCCCGGUCGUCAAGGAGCUCAUCAUGCGUCAACAAUCGCGCUAUCGGAUCGGCCCCCACAUCAUGGCGGGGAUAUUCAAGGCCCUUCCAACGGUCAACUCGAUGCUGAGCAUAAGGCACCUUGCGCUGCCCGAGGACCUCAACACGGACCAUCCACGCGACCUCCCCGUACAUCACGAGAGAGACCCGCGAGGCCUCGGCGGCCCUGAAUUCUGCGCGUUUGCAUUCAGCGUCGCCCGCCGCCAGCUGGAGACGCUCUCGGUGUCGCACAUGAUCGAGGCCGACCACUUCUUCUCCGCGCUGGACCUGGAGGGAUGGUGGCCGACGCUCAGGUCGGUGCACAUGACCUCGCGCCUCAUGCUACCGCCGUCGGGGCCGACCGAGAAUCGCCUGCAGCAGCACAUCCAAAAGGUAAACUUUAUGCUGCGGAUGGUGGCCAGGCGCGUGCUGUCCUACAUGCCCAGGAUCAAGAGGGUGGUCCUCUGGAAUGGCGAGGUGGGCGCCGCAGGCGCGUUUAGCUUCUGCGUGCGGCGGCUAGGGCCGGAGGAUGAGAACAGCGGCGAGGGCGGUGAGGGCCUCUACGCGACGAUUGGCUGGCGCGGGACAUGGCCGCUCGUGAUAGACGGGAAGACAAUCGGGGCGUGGAACAGACUUGCCCGGUCCUGCACGGGCGGCGAGCCACUGGGCGUGGAGUGGCCAGAGAUGCUGGAGGAGGGCGCGAUAGACUCGCGUAGUACGGCGAUUCGGAGGCUCGGCCUGACGGAGGAGGUCAUGGACACGGCGUCGUCGGAGCAGGUUGUAUGA